CUCCAUCAUUGUGUCAGGACCAGUUCGGUUGAAGUGGUCAUAAAAUGUUUAAGCUAGCAGUGCCGCUGGCACUUCUAAUCGCUGCCACCUCGGCAACACCGGUAGAUCGAAGUACUCGCGAAUUCGAUACAUACCGCCUUCCAAACGCAACCAUUCCGACGCACUAUGACCUCUAUCUGGACACGAACGUGCAUCUGGAUGACCUGGCCUAUAGUGGAACCGUGAAAAUCAGUAUCCGAGUGUUGGAAAGUACUAAGCAGAUUGUACUUCACAGUACGCGUAGUGUGAUUGUGAGCCUGGUGUUGCGUAACAGCAAUCAGUUGUCGGUUGCUCUGAAAGGUUACGACUUUGAUGAGGACAAAGAUUUCUUGAUCAUCGACACCGUGGAUACUCUGACAGUUGGAAGCUCGUACGUUUUGGAAAUAGAUUUUACCAACAGUCUCGAUCGCACCGAUGCUGCUGGAUUCUAUCGAUCAAGCUAUGUGAACGCAGAGGGUGUUACCAAGUAUCUCGGAUUGACACAGUUCGAGUCAACUGAUGCGAGAUCGGCCUUCCCUUGUUACGAUGAACCUGGAAUUAAGACAACCUACAGCGUACGGAUUGCUUGUGGUCUGGGAUAUACUGCUCGUGCCAACGCCCCAGCUCUCGGAGUACAAAUUCUUGCAGGGGGAAAGAAGCUGACAACAUUCCAAACGACUCCACGAAUGCAAACCUAUCUGGUGGCCUUCCUGGUUUCUGAUUUUAUCAGCGAACGUCAAGUUGUAUAUCAACCACACCAGAUUGCCGUUUCGACCUUUGCACGUCCAACGGCCAGCAAUCUGCUGACGUACUCCGUCGACGCUUCAGUACGAUUCCUGCGGGAGAUGGAAACUUACUUCGGUCAAACCUAUGCCAUGUCGAAGAUCGAUAACGCUGCCAUCGACAACACCGACUUUGCUGCGGGCGCCAUGGAGAACUGGGGCUUAGUGACGUACCGCGAAUCUACCAUCCUGUUUGACCCGGAGACUGAUGGUGAAAGCCAACAGCUUUCGGUGGUCGGAAUCGUAGGUCACGAGUUCAUACAUCAGUUCUUCGGAAACUUAUUGGCACCGGAGUGGUGGUCGUACUUGUGGCUAAACGAGGGCUUCGCUCGGCUGUACCAGUACUACGUGUCGGAAUUCAGUCACCCGGAGUUGGGCAUGCGUGACCGUUUUGCAUCUGUAUGGCAAGGUGCUUUGAACAGCGAUGCCCUCGAAACGGUUCGCCCAAUGACGUACUACGUGGAAACAACAUCAGCGAUCAGUCGGCUUUUUGAUAAUAUUGCAUAUGCCAAAGCUGCAAGCGUCCUUCGUAUGUUGAACUACGCCGUCACAGAGCCUACUUUCCAGAAAGGUCUCCAAUAUUACAUCCAGCAAAACAAAGAAAGCGGAGUAGUAAACGAAGAGAACCUGUUCGAUAGCUUAGAACAAGCAGUAAAGGAAGAUUCUCAGCUUCCACAAGAUUUGACCGUACAUGAAAUCUUCCGAACCUGGUCCAAUCAGGCUGGCGCUCCCGUAGUCACAGUCACCCGUGUCGGAGAUACCGAUGAAUUCCUGUUCAACCAGGAACGAUACUACACAACUAUUCCAGAAACCCCCGGACAGGAGUCCUGGUGGAUUCCGAUUUCAUUCUUCACCCCUAGCAGCAACGGCCAGUACAACUCGAGUGCUGCCUUCUGGUUGCCGCCGAAUUCUCCAGACUACAGCCAACGCAUCAACCUGGCCGAAGGGGACUAUUUGACUGUAAAUCCUCUCGCCCGAGGAUACUAUCGAGUGAACUAUGACGAAGAAAACUGGGAGAACAUCAUCACCACUCUGUACGAUACUCCCGAAGUGUUCCAUCGUUUAACCCGAUCUCAGCUGGUUGACGAUGCAAUGAAUCUCGCCCAUGCCGGAAAACUCGACUACUCCAUCGCGUUCCGUGUGUUCGAUUACUUGAGAGCGGAAACCGACUAUAUUCCAUGGGAUAUCGCUUCCAAUAACCUAAACUACUUGAAGCGCAUGCUCCGCCACGACAGUGAAGCGUUGGAAAAUUUGGAAAGCUAUAGCUCAAAGCUAUCUAAAACAUUGCUUGACACAUACGGCUUCGAGUCCAUCAAGGGCGAAUCAGCCGAUGAUGAGAGCAUUCGCCUGAUUGCUCUGGAAUGGGCUUGCACCAGUGAUGAAUCAUGUCAAGCCGUGGCAGAUCAAAAACUACGCUCAUCGCGUAGCGCUGGAUCGUUCGUCAUUGGAUCAACAGCCGAACAAAAGCUCAUUUGCAUUCGAUUGCGCAAAUCAGACAACGAUGAAUUUACAACGAUUCUGAAUAGCUUGAAGGACACUCGCGAUCCGAUUGCGCGUUCAAAAUUAAUCAACACUAUCUCGUGCAUUGAAAAUCAGGAUUCCAUCAAUGCUUUAAUUAAUUCGAUCAGAUCAAACAAUUUCAAAGCAUCCGAAAAUGUGCAAAUCCUCAAAUCCAUCUACAGAAACUCCCUGUCGGGACUUAAUGCCAUUAUCGACUUACUUGACAGCAGCGCAACCAUCUCCGAGGAUCUCAACAUCUCCGAUCGCCAUCUGCUCGCCCUGCUGGAAGACAUGGCCGUGUACACCGUCCAGUCGGAGUCCGCCGAUCGAUUGAUCAGCAUCAUCAAACGAACUGCGCCCACUCAGCUGGCCGACACGAUCCAAGCCCAGCUGCGCGCGAACCAACGCUGGGUCCAACGAAACGCAGCCAAAGUUUCUGACAUGCUAAAAAGCGCACCUCAUACAGACAUGUGAUUGUGUGUUAGAAGGGGGCGCGCGGAGCGGUUGGCGACGUCGGUCAAGAGUCAUCCACUCGGCGUGUCGUCCCCGUUGAAUGAUAUGCCCAAUAAAUAAACGUGAUUGUUUCCUCCA